CCCCCGCUCUUUCUGUCCGCCACCACCCAACCCCCCUCUCAAGUCUUUGUUAGCCAUGCCUAGCCUGGUAGUACCAGGGAUAAUGGAAAGGAACGGGGGUUUCGGCGAUUUAGGCUGUUUCGGUGGGAGCGGCAAAGACAGAGCGCUGCUGGAGGAUGACCGGGCGCUGCAGCUCGCUUUGGACCAGCUCUGCCUGCUGGGGCUAGGCGAGCCUUCCUCCUCCUCCUCCUCGGCCGCCGUGGUGCUGGUGGAGGACAGCAACAACAACAACAAUAACCCGCAGCAGCAGCAGCAGCAGCAGCAGCAGCAGCCCCCGCCGCCUCCGCCGCCGCCGCCGCCGCAGCAGCCGCCGCCGCCGCCGCCUCCGCCGCCGCCCCCGGCCCCGAAGGGUCCCCCGGUUCCCAGCGCCGGGGCGGCGGAGCCCAAGUUGUGCGCCCUCUACAAGGAGGCCGAGCUGAGGCUCAAAAGCAGCUCCAACACCACCGAGUGCGUGCCGGUGCCCAGCUCCGAACACGUGGCUGAGAUCGUGGGGAGGCAAGGCUGCAAGAUCAAAGCCCUGCGGGCAAAGACCAACACCUACAUCAAGACGCCGGUGAGAGGCGAGGAGCCGGUCUUCAUGGUGACAGGGCGGCGGGAGGAUGUGGCCAUGGCUCGGCGGGAGAUCAUCUCCGCAGCCGAGCACUUCUCCAUGAUCAGGGCCUCCCGCAACAAAGCCGGCACCACCUUCGGCAGUGCUCCCACCUUGCCGGGGCAAGUCACCAUCCGGGUGCGCGUGCCCUACCGCGUGGUGGGCUUGGUGGUGGGCCCCAAGGGCGCCACCAUUAAGCGGAUCCAGCAGCAGACCAACACCUACAUCAUCACGCCCAGUCGGGACCGGGACCCCGUCUUUGAAAUCACAGGUGCGCCGGGCAACGUGGAGCGUGCUCGGGAGGAGAUCGAGACCCACAUCGCGGUGAGGACGGGCAAGAUCCUGGAGUACAACAAUGAGAAUGACUUCCUCUCCAGCAGCCCUGAUUCCGGCAUGGAGAACCGCUACUCGGAGGCCUGGCGGGUCCAUACGCCGGCUCCGGGCUGCAAACCCCUCUCCACCUUUCGGCAGAACAGCCUGGGUUGCAUUGGCGACUGCUCCGUUGACCCCGUCUACGAGACACCCCGGCUGAAUGACCAAAACGACUUCAAUUAUGGUUACCUCUUUCCCAACUACGGCGUGAACAAGCAAGAUCUGUAUUACGGGGUGCCGGAGUCGGGCGCCCCGAUGUGGGCUGGGCAGGAGAACACCAACCCUGUCUCGGUGCUCUUCUCGAAACAGCAACGUUCCAGCAGCACUGGUGCCAUCCACCCAAAUUCACAUCGCUCCCCGUCCUCCUCCAUCCAAGAGCCCAAUCUCUCUGGUCUCCCCAGGCGGUCCCAAGGAGAGCCGCUCCAAGGGUUUUCCAAGCUGGGGACGACUGCCGCUGCCCGGACGUCUGUCUCCAGCAGCCGCGAGUGCAUGGUGUGUUUCGAAAGCGAAGUUACGGCAGCGCUGGUGCCGUGCGGCCACAACCUCUUCUGCAUGGAGUGUGCCGUGAGGAUCUGCGAGAGGACUGAUCCGGAGUGCCCGGUUUGCCACGCUGCAGCCACUCAGGCCAUUAGAAUAUUUUCCUAAAGAGACAGAGCAGGGCAUUGGGGUGGGGUGGGGGGUAGGAAGGGAGCAUGGGGGGGUCCAGGAAAGAAAAGUGAUGAUG